AUGAAACUAAUUGAUUAUAUCAAGAAUUCAGACGAACCAGACAAAGUUAAACUUGAAGAAUUCAUUACAGCGUUAGCUAAUGCCACAUUUGAAACGUUCGAGUCAGUGCCUGAUUACAAUGGAAUACCAGCCAGUAAAUAUAUGGAGUUAAUUUUAAACCUCGCACCUGAUUUCAACCCUAGUGUGGUUAUUGGUGCAACGGGUCUUACUUUCGAAAUUGUACCUACUAUCACUGAAAUGGGUCUAUGUUACGCUAUGAACUCCAUGAUUGCUGUAUACAAUUCACCAUCGUACAGAGCAAGAAACAAAUGGGAUUACGUAAAACCUCAAAACGAGACCUUCUCUGUCCACCCUCUUGAUGGACAAGUGUUUGCGCAACUCAUCGAUAUAUCCACCGCAUAUAAAACAAUUCAAGAGUGGUAUUUGGGCACGAACCUGCAAUGGGGCAUCGCCACAUAUCCGCGAAUGAGAUACAGGCGAGAUAUCAUUUUCGGAUUCACAGACGUACUUGUGGCGGUUGGCGGCAUGGCCGGCUUGUUCCUAGGAUGCAGUGUCCUCAGUUUUAUGGAGAUAGCUUACUUUUGCACUUUGCGCUUCUAUUGGUACCUCCGCGGACGUUAA